AUGAGCGCACGCGGUGAAGGCGCCGGGCAGCCGUCCACUUCAGCCCAGGGACAACCUGCCGCCCCGGCGCCUCAGAAGAGAGGACGCGGCCGACCCAGGAAGCAGCAGCAAGAGCCAACCGGUGAGCCCUCUCCUAAGAGACCCAGGGGAAGACCCAAAGGCAGCAAAAACAAGAGUCCCUCCAAAGCAGCUCAAAAGAAAGCAGAAGCCACUGGAGAAAAACGGCCAAGAGGCAGACCUAGGAAAUGGUUUGGCAUAGCCAACUUCUACCAGAUCCUGGCUAUUCACGACUAUACAGCCAUUGACCUUGGGGUCUGCCACUCAGGUGAUACCACCACAGUUCCACAAAAACCAUGUGGUCUUAUCAGACUAUAA